AGCAUUAAUAAAUAUAUGUUGUGUACUGGAAAAACUAUCGCAACUUGUAGAAUUCAGUCAUUUUUUUCGAUGUCAAUUUUCAAGAACAUUUUCCGCCAUUUGCAAUUCUCAUUUUAAACAACCGUCGAAUCUGGUUUCUAUUUUCAGUUUCAUUUUCUCUUUGAACUUAUCUUGGGGGUUUAACUGGUGCUAAUUUUUAAGCAGCAUUUCCACACAUUCUUAGGUUAGGUGCAAUUUAUUGGUUUAAAGUGUAUAAAAUGACAAUAGCUCAUUGAGCUUAUGUUUCUUGUAUAUCUAUAUAUUAUAUAUAAUUAUGUGGUUAGCCAUAGGUUUUGGGCCAAUUGCAGUACAAUUGAGCUGUGGAUGGUUUGUUGAAGUCCCAUGGAUUUGAUUGGCUGUUGUGAUGUGUGUGGUGAAGCCCAUUCGACUGAACGAUGUCCGGAGCUUGGCCUUGACACAGCCAUUAUCCAUCUCGACCAGCUAUCCACAAGGGCUCGACUGACCUUACCGCCUUUCCUAGAGGUCGUCGAUAAUGGGCUCGGGUUGGUUGGGGUCGUUGCCAAGGAUAUAAUUUAUAACAAAACCCAGCUAGGACCAUUUGAGGCUAAGAGGACCACUCAUAUCUUUGACGAUACAGGAUUCUUUACGCUGAAGCUUAUCACGUCGGAUGGGACGACAGUGUGCCUGGACACGACGGAUGAGAAUGAGUGUAACUGGCUGAGUCUCGUACGGGCGGCCGACUCCUCAGAGGUUCAGAACUGUAUAGCCUACCAGCUGGGAUCCAAUAUCUUCUAUAAUACAACAAGGGAUAUAGAUGUUGGUGAGGAGUUACUGGUCUGGUACGCCCCUCACCUUGCUAGGAAACUUGGCAAACCUCGGGAGCCGGAUGGAGUUUCAAGAGUGUUACUGGGUCACCGUAUAGAACCUCUGACCUCGGAACUCUUGGUGGACGAGGAUGAAGUGGAGACUGAAGAAAUGCAAACAGACGGCCAGGGAGAUGAAGAACAGGUACCACAAGUGGAGGUUGGGUCAUUACCCCCGGGUGAAAUAACGAAGGGUUUUUACUGCCCUCGGUGUGGAAACACUUUUGCCUCACAGUCUGGGAUGGUGCAGCAUCUCCGGUCACAUGUGAAGAAUACCAUUGUAGAGGAGAAAAUCGGCACGCGACGGCCCGGGAGGCCCAGAAAGCACCCGAGGCCAGAGACCAGAGGAUCACAUGUCUCGAAACCUGGUGACCUUCAAUCCUCAGACCCUGGCACUGAAGGUGAACUCCGGGUCAAGAAAACAGCGGGCAACUACAUAAAAAAGCACAGAACACCAGAGAGCCCCACUCUAUCCUCAACACACGCUGUACGGAACCAGUCAAGUAGUGGCAUUAAAGUUACAGUUCAAAUUAAUAAAGGAGGAGACAAUGAAUACUCUCCACAGAAGGAGAUUGAGGUCGGAUCAAGGUCACAGCCGAGGAGAAGUACGCGGGGAAAACACAGCAAGUUUGAUUCAGACUAUAUUUACACAGGAUCGAUAAAAAGAGAAAGACAAAAUUCAGAUGAUGAGUUUGAAGAAGUUGAUGAGAAGGACGAUGAUAUAGAAAGUGAAAAGCAUGGAAGUGUGUUGGAAAAUGAUCAGAGAGAGAAAAGAGGUAGAGGAAGACCAAAAAAGAUAAAGUUGGAAGGAAAUGGAGAAUUCCAAGCAAAAGAUAAAGGAACGGAGGGCAAUAAGGAAGGGAAACUAACGGAGCAGAUGGUCUCACAGAGUUUGAAAGCAUUGAAAGACAAUGGUGGUAAGAAAAGGGAUAAAGUCACUGUAGUAAUCACCUUUCCUAGAGAUAGUGAUACAGAUAAAGCACUGGAAGGGGUUAAAGAUCAUAAGAACAUUGGUAAAGUAGAUGAAGUAGAGCAAGAUGGUGUUACUGUUAGUAAUGUUGUGUUCGUAAAUGGAGAAACUGUUCAGUUGGAAUCCACAGGAAUUGAUCCGGCAAGUGUUGAAAGAGGGUUGGUGGUAGAUGAAAAAAAUACUGGUAAUCUUUAUAGGGAGAUGGUGGCAGAGGCGGAUGUUUUGGUGGAUGAUUCAGGAAAAGUUCAUGCUGAAGAUACAGUGGUUGGGUAUACGAAAGUAGAGAAUGAAUUAGAUCAUGGUUCAAGUAAUGCUGAAACUGCUGCUGAUAACUUGGAACAAGUCUUUUCUGCAGUUUCUGUGUCAAAUGAAGCAGCUGAAAGUUUGGAAAACAAAAAUAACACUUACCAGGACACUUUCCUGUCACAUUUAAAUGACGAAGGACAUUCAAGUGUUUCAGACAAUGACCAAUCUACAAAGGGUGAAAAUCUUGGUAAUGCAGAAACAGAUGAGGUCAUUACUUCCGCUGUUGAAGAUGAAAGUGGAAAAGAUCAAAGUGAAUGGUCAAGCAGUCAAAAUGAAGUACAAAUAGAAAGUGAGAUGGAAGGGUCUGUUAAUGUAAUUGAAAGUGGUCCAGUCAAAGAAAAGCCACAGAUGGAGGAUAAGGGAUCAAUGGUGGUAAUGUUCGAGGAGACAGAGGAUGGAAAGUAUGGAUGUGUUUUAUGUUAUGAAACUUUUGAUGAGGAAAUUCAUGCAAUUGAACAUUUCACUGCUCAUAGUGAGAACGACAAAGGCUUUUGUAAGAAUUGCAGAGCUGAAUUUGAUUCUCUACCAGUGCUUCUGGAACAUCGGAAAUCCUGUAUAACUUUGGAAAUAUCUACAUCGAAACAACGCAAGAAUGGGAUUUCUUCCAUUGAGAAAAAGAAUGGAAACAAAUUUGAAUGCGAUGUCUGUCAGCAGUCUUUUCAGACGGCUGCAUACCUGUACCGUCACAUGGUGAUACAUACGGACAUGUUUGUGUGUAACAAGUGUAAGAAGACGUUCUCACGCAAGGACUCACUGCAGAAACAUGUGCUCAAGUGUUGCCUGGAGCUGGCCCAUGAGUAUGAGAUGUUGUACUGUGAGGUCUGUCAUAGGGUAUUUUCCAAGGAAGGGGGCCUGGAGCGCCACAAGGCCAAGUGUAAAUCCAAGGCGUGCGAGAAGUGUGACAGAAUAUUUGCCACGGCAGAUGAUCUUGAGGUCCAUCAGUGUCAAACAAAUGCCAACAAUGAAGAGCUUGGUCGUUACUCAUGCGGUCAGUGUGGAAAGUGUUUCCAGUCCAUGUACUACCUGCAGCUUCAUAGACAGAUGCAUGUUAACCAACACACGUGCGAGAAAUGUGGCCGAAAUCUGCCGAGUCAGGAGGAACUUGAAUAUCAUAGGUUGCUGUGUGAGACCCUUGGUUUGAUCCGACUGUAUGGGAUGGGGCGGUGUAGCAUUUGUAAUCAGCAGUUUGUGACGGCCAGAGCCUUCAGAGAACACCAUCUGAUCCAUACACAUCCGCACCAGUGUGAGACCUGCCAGAAACGGUUUACUGGGGAAAGUCAGCUUACAAACCACGACUGCCCGGGUGUGACCAACCAGUUACAGUGUGAAGCCUGCAGUCGAACCUUCAAGUCCCUCACUGUUUACAACAAACAUGUUCAGGAAGGUGAGUGCAUGAACUACCAGUGUUCCGGAUGUGGGGAGAAGUUCCACCUGAUGGUACAGGCCCGCCGCCACCUAGAGACCUGCACUGGUGAGAACAUUGACCCAGAAAACCAUCCCAUCCUUCAGAAGAUCAGCGAUGCCGUAACGUUUAUCUGCCAGCAGUGCGGGAAAUCUUUCUCGACGCAGAGUAACCUGACAAAGCAUAUUUUUCUACAUGGUGAUAAAAAGUAUGAGUGCCCCCAUUGUGAGAAGCGCUUUCAUCUCGAGGUGUACCUUAAGGAGCACAUUUCUGGUGUUCAUUAUAAUAUCUACAAGUUUCAGUGUAAUGAUUGCGGCCGGUUGUUUAAGUCCAGGACUGGCCUUGCAGUGCACACCAAUCUGUUUCACUCCAAGGACGCCACACUCUUUGCUUGUAAAGAGUGUGGAAAACAGUUUAAACAGAAAGGUAACCUUAGAAACCACAUGCACGCGCAUUCCAAAGAGAGAACUUACUCCUGCGAGUUAUGUGUGCGGUCUUUUAAGUUCCCAGAUCAGCUGAGUCGGCAUAAACAUGACCAUAAGCCGUUUCAGAAGUUCAACUGUAUGCAUUGUGCGAGGAAGUUUAAAAUGAUGGGAGAUCUGAGACGUCAUAUGCAGUCUCACCACUCGGGGAUGGUCUAUGUAUGUGCCCUGUGCUCAACCAAGUGCAACCACAAGCACACUCUGAUUCGUCACUUCAAGCGUAAGCAUCCAUCUGACACUGACUUGUUAUUAGACAAGGAUUAUGUGGCCAACAUGCAAAAACAUGUAAGAGAGGUCUAUGAUGCUAAUGAGUCCAAGAAAGGCGUGGGAAAUGUUGAUGAAAGCUUAGUAGAAGAUGAGAAUGUCACUGAGGUUACCACUGCUACUGAGCAGGUUGUCAGUGGAACUGAGAUGUUCCCCCAGGAAGCAGCUGAGGCCCUGCAAUGCCUCGCCCUCGGGACCGCCACGUCUGCUCAUCUCCAGAUUCUUAAAGAUAAGGGCCUCAUAUAUGAUGACCAGGAUGGCACUGGGGCUGGGACAGAACUUAUAGUACCCCAGGAUAGCUACAUUCUCCCCCAUCAAGAGUCAGCGGUCCAGAUAUCACAUGAUACCCACAACGAAGGAACUGUCAAUAUCACUCAGGAGGCACUUGAUGGAGUGUUGAAAAACGAUGGUACAAUAAAUAUUAAUGGAUUUCCUCAAACAAUAGAGGGACCAGAUGGUCAGGUUUUUAUUCUUCAGAUUGUAGAUCAAGAUAAUGCAGGACAAGGGGAGGAAAUUCAGGGUUAUAUGGAACAAGUCAAGGGGGAGAUAAUUGAACUAGAAAGGGUUGCUUUGCCAGUGUCAAGUGCAUCAGACAUUAGAAAUGUAGUUAGUGGUGUUCUUCAGGAGAAUAUGGUUGCAGCAGGUGGCGAAAUUUUAGUUGUCUCGGAAACAGGGGAAGUUAUUCAACAUGUAGGGGAGGUAAUUCAGUCUUCUGUGGAAGAUAUUCAGACAUCGGGGGCUAAUUUUCAACAGGUUAUUGGACAAAGUCACCUCAGGAGUGGUCCAGAUUUAAUCGCAGAAGUUAUUGAAACUCCUAAUGAACUACACAUAGACAGGGAGGAAAUUAUUCAAGAAGGACAACUGAUUGAGUCAGGGGAGAUAAUUCAAAAUCCAGAAACAGCAACUGAAGAGGUAACAGGGCAAGUAAUUCAAGUGUCAGGGGAGGUAAUUCAACACCAAGAUGCUGAUUCAAGGGUGACAACUGGACAAGUGAUUCAAGUAUCAGGGGAGGUAAUGGAACAUUACGCGGAGUUGGGAGCUGACGGGAACACAGUGUAUAUCACCACAGAAGGGGCAGAAGAGGGUCAACUAGAGGGAUAUAUCGAGAAAAGUGGUGACCAAGGUUUACAAGUCCAUGUCCUGCAUCAGGAUUGAGGACAAGUCAACAGUUAUUAAGUCUAAGUCAUUUUUAGACCAGAACCGUAGUGAGCCCAAACCUUCGUUGUUCAAUGUCGCACGCUACCAUCUUUCAUUAAUCCAUCGAAAUAAUUUUCAUCUUUGUUUUUGUUUUCCAAUAUUCUACCACUUCUUGUGGUAACAUUUGUUCUUUCAAAUAAAAAAAACGUUUGAUAAAAUGCGCAGGGUGUUUUAAGAUAAGAUUCUCAGCCUUCAUAAAUCUGUUUUCCAAAGAUAACAAAUCAUCGAUUUUGUUAUUGCCAGAUAAAGUUAUAACUGUAUUAGGUCGACAUCUUGGUUGAUGACAUUGUUUGAAAACAUUUUAUGGUUGUCAUACUUGGAAAUGUCCAGACCACUUGUUUUGUUAUUUAUUGAGUUUUUCCCCCAUUGUAAUCUUAGAAAAGCAGACGAACCUUUACAUCCGCUUCAGGUGCUCGGACUUCUCCAAUGACGUAGAUACAUAGUUUCAUUGGCGUCAUCAAUAAACAGAACAGACCAGAACAGAUACUUUAUUAAGACUUGUACAAAGUACAUCAUCUUAACUACAAAUAAAUAAUAAAUAAACAAACACAUGGUAUGACAUAGGUUAUUCAUUAUAUGAAAUAGAAUCAUAAUAUAAUCAAAAAUAACGCUUACAUUGGAGUGUCAGUAUCGUGAUGUUGUUGUAUUUUUAUGUGAAUGACAUUUUGAGAUUAUGGCAUUAUUCAUUUUAUAUCUGUUGGCAUUCAUUAUAUGUUAAAUUUUAGUGAAACUGACAACAGUGUAUUGUAUAGCUUACAGUAAAUAUGAAAUGAUAUUUAUUUCGAGUUAUAAUUAAACUUAACUGGGAAUAUCCUUACAUUUGUAUUUAUGAGUUCAUUGAAGCUGACAACAGUGUAUGGCUUAGCCUACAGUCAAUAUCAUGCAUGAAAUGGUAUUUUAUUUCCAGUUAUAAUUAAAGUUAAAUGGGGUUAUCAUUAUAUUAGUAUUUGACAUUAACAUAUUGCAUUUCUAUUUGUAUUAUUUAAUGGCGUUAAACCCAUUUUCACACAGAUUGUACAAAUCUACUUCGUGAAACUGUUACCUUAAUUGUUGUUUUAAUAAAAUGUCGUUGUGCAUCAUGAAUAAAUG